AUGUCUGACCUUCCACAGCUCACUGCCGGCAUCUGCACCCGCAUCAACGACAACGUCAGAGAGGAUGACCAACUCUUCAACAUACAACCCACCGUGCAGCUCCUUUCCUUCAAGAAGAUUCCUCCCACCAGCGGUCCCACUCAAGACCGCUACCGCGUGAUCGUGUCCGAUGGGGAGCACUUCCUCCAGUCGAUGCUCGCGACGCAGAUGAACUACAUUGUGGAGGAAGAUCAAAUUGCGAAGGGGACCAUUGCGACGAUCGAAAAGUUCUCGGUGAACCUGGUUCAAGGGAAGCGACUUUUGAUCAUCCUCGCUCUCAAAGUACUGGUCAAGCAUGCGGAGAAAAUAGGCUCUCCAAAGGCACUGCAGCCUCGCGGUGAAGAUGGAGCUCCCGCAAGUGCACCCGUAACCCCUGGCCCGUCCACUUCCACCACGCCUGCCGCAGCCGCUGUUCCCGCGCGUCAGCAAACACAGGCCGGCCGCGGUGGACGGGCUGCUGCUGUCUAUCCCAUUGAGAGUCUUAGCCCAUACCAGACUCACUGGACGAUCAAGGCACGUGUCACAAACAAGUCGGACAUCCGUACAUGGUCGAACCAAAGGGGCGAGGGCAAGCUGUUCAGCGUGACUUUGAUGGACGAGAGCGGCGAAAUUAGGGCCACAGCGUUCAAUGCUGCGGUAGACGAAUUGUAUGACCGUCUGCAAGACGGCAAGGUCUACCUGAUUUCCAAGGCGAAGGUCAACCUUGCAAAGAAGAAGUUCUCCAACGUCAACAAUGAGUACGAGCUCACAUUUGAGCGCAGUACUGAAGUGGAAGAGUGUCACGAUGCCACCGACGUCCCUACCGUCAAGUUCAACUUCAUCAACAUAAGCAGCUUGCAAGAUGUGGCCAAGGACUCCACUUGCGAUGUGAUCGGGGUCGUCAAGGAUGUGUCAGAAUUGUCUUCCAUCACUUCGAAAGCGACAAGCAAGAUCCCGAAAAGGGAACUCACCAUCGUUGACCGCUCCGGAUAUUCCGUCAGGAUGACGUUGUGGGGCAAGCAAGCGGAGCAGUACGACGAGAACGACCACCCCGUGAUCGCAUUCAAGGGAGCCAAAGUCGGUGACUUCCAAGGUCGCUCGCUCUCUAUGAUGAGCUCAAGCACCAUGCAUGUCAAUCCCGACAUUCCCGAGGCGCAUGCUUUGCGCGGCUGGUAUGACGCCGCCGGUGCUGACCAACAAUUCCAGUCGCACACCGUUACGAUGGUCUCCGGCGGAGGAAUCACUUUUGACCGCGCAGAGAUUCGCAACCUCAAUGACGUAAAGGUGUCGGAGCUUGGUAUGUUCGAUAAGCCAGAUAACUUCUGUGCACGAGCCACGAUCAUGCACAUCAAGAGCGACAACAUUUCAUACCCGGCGUGCCCUACGACUGGGUGCGGAAAGAAGGUUCUCCAGAUGGGUGAGAGCUGGAGAUGUGAGAAGUGCGAUAAGUCCUUCCCGAAGCCCGAGCACAGGUACAUGGUCGCGAUGGCCGUCUCGGACUACUCCGGUCAAGCGUGGUUUCAGGGUUUCAAUGAUGUCGGCCAAACCGUUUUCGGGAUGACCGCUGAUGAACUCGUCGAGAUCAAGGAUCGCGAAGAACUUCAGUAUAACACGGUCAUAAACGCCUCGAUCGGCAAGACGUUCAACUUCACAUGCAGAGCGAAACAGGAUACGUACAACGACCAGACGCGGGUGCGAUACGGGAUCUCGCGGAUCUUGCCUUUGAAUUAUCGUGAGGAGGCCAAAUAUCUCGCGGACCUUCUUCUCACCAGCGACUGGGCGCGGUAA